GGGAGACCAGAUAUAGUGAAUGCAGGGUCCGGGGAGACCGGAUAUAGUGAAUGCAGGGUCCGGGGAGACCGGAUAUAGUGAAUGCAGGGUCCGGGGAGACCGGAUAUAGUGAAUGCAGGGUCCGGGGGAGACCGGAUAUAGUGAAUGCAGGGUCCGGGGAGACCGGAUAUAGUGAAUGCAGGGUCCGGGGAGACCGGAUAUAGUGAAUGCAGGGUCCGGGGAGACCGGAUAUAGUGAAUGCAGGGGUCCGGGGAGAGCGGAUAUAGUGAAUGCAGGGUCCGGGGAGAGCGGAUAUAGUGAAUGCAGGGUCCGGGGAGA